UCGUUGUACUGGUUUAGUAAUUGAGGGCCGUGCGUUGAAUGCAAUUAGCAGCACAUGGCCUCAAUAAUGAUGUCGUCCGUGUCUAAGUUUGCCCGUCCUAUUAGGAAUUAUUCAUAUUCCGCACCUAGGAUUAAAGAAGGAAGCAAAUCAUCCGGUUAUAACACCUAUCGGAAGAGUUUCAGCCAACUUUGCAUAGAACGAAAAGCUGAAGCCCACAGAAGCAUUCUGGUUAAGCUGAACAACAAAGAAGAGAGCAAUUAUGUCUAUCAGUAUUGCCAACAAUUUGGUAAAAUAGCAAAUGCCAUGCAUUUCCAAAAUGUAAAGAAUUACGUUCUUAUUGAAUUUAAGAAGCAAUCCUGUAUUCCAAAUUUGCUGUCUUCUGUUAGCCAUUUUCAGAAUGACAAAAAAAUACCUGCUGAAACCCGUCUGUUGUGUUUGCCAUCACAGUUUAGCAAAAAGAAGGCAGAAAUUCCUACUGGAUCUUCGCUUGUCCGUUCCAUUGAAGAAACACCUUUGCUGUUGUCUGAUCUUGGUGCUGUCGACUCUAUGACAGAACAAAUGGAAAUGCUUUAUCAGCACCUGCAUUUAACUGAUUUAGGCCAGCGUCUUCGUUUUUUCAUCUGUUCAACUCUGGAAGACAUGUUGAAGAGUCUAUUUCCUCACUGUCAUGUAUAUCCGUUUGGUUCUUCCGUUAAUGGAUUUGGCCGUAACAACUGUGAUCUUGAUAUGAUCUUGAACUUGUGUACUUCGAAAUCACAGGAGAAAACAAACAACAGAUUAAAGUUUUUAACCAAAUUGAAGCAUGAUGAAGAAGAACGUAGUUUCUCUUGUCGGAAUCUCAAGGUUUUUGCUGAAAUGAUUGAGAAUUUUAUCCCUUCAUGUGUUAGGAUUAAUCCAAUAUUAAGAGCACGUGUUCCAAUUAUUAAGUUCUACCAUGAAGCUUGUGAUAUAGAAUGUGAUUUAUCUCUACAGGACACUUCUGGUGUAACUAUGUCUAAUGUAAUGUACAUGCUGGGUGUGAUGGACCGACGUGUGUGUCCAUUGAUCUUCACCGUCCGACACUGGGCCAAAGUAAACAACAUCAGCCACCAACACCCAGGGCCAUGGUUGAGUAACUUUAUGCUGUCUUUAUUGGUCAUUUGCUUCCUACAGCUUCGGGCAAAACCGAUCCUUCCAUCUUUUUCAUCCAUUUUGAACGCUGAAGAAAAUGCACAGCCUACAGAUGUAACCAUUGAUGAUGAUGAAACCUUAGUAGGUGAUCUGUUGAUAGAAUUCUUCAACUUCUAUUCUGUGUUUGACUUUAAAGAACAUGCUUUGUCCCCAUUGCACGGAAAAUGUUUUCUAAAACCAGACUAUUCAGCAUUAUACAUAGAAAACCCAUUAGACAUAGAAUUGAACAUUGCCAAAAAUGUCAGCAGCAGAGAGAUGAUGAAACUGACUGAAACCUUCAAAACGACAUUGUGGCAUCUGAACAACUCUGGAAUGUCUCUAGUCAAUAUAUUUCUGACUGAAGACUCUAAAAGAGUCUUAAAGAAAAAGUUCAAUGUCCACGACUUAUACAGAUGAUUUUUCUUCUUUUUAUUUUUACCUGUAAAUAAAACAAUUUAAUUUAUUUUGAUCAAUUUUGAUUUCGCAGCCCAAGGACAAUAUUUGCAGGGGUUGGCUACACUAAAUUUACCGUUUUAUUGCAGAAAUCAAGAUCUAUCCAAUCAGAAUUUCAUUACUCCUAACAGUGGAAAGCACUUUUAUACACCAAUUUAUCUUUUGGAACUAUUUUCUGUUGAGAUAUCUCAAGUUAGCUGAGGCAAUGUGACUUGCAGAAAAUACCAAUUCUAUUUUUUGGCAAGAUAUUUAACAUCGUUACUGGAAUAACCAUGAAAUUUAAUUUCACAGUUGAAAGGUUAAAAUCCAACUGCAAUAUAGUGGGUCUUAUGUUAUUGAUACCAGAGGUAGGGAAAAAGGAAAGCUGACCAUAGCAUGUUUUUGUGCUCAGGUAGUUGAGAUUGAACUUAAUCAUUUUGUGAAUCACUAAAACCUGUAAAAGCCAGUGUGAUUAAUCCCGCUUCUGUUGUAUGAAGCAAAUGUGAGGCCAAUAUUAAUGGAAAACAAGUCUAUUAUACAAAAGUUUAUUGGAAAGGUCUGCGACUUAACAUCCCUGAGCUACAUAAAUUUAAGAAAAUGUAGAGUUCAGAAUGUUGGAUGCAGUCUAAGAUAUCUGCAUGUGCAGCAACAGCAGCACCAGCUCAGAUGUGGGAGCAUUAAUACAUUGUGGACCUUACCUGUGCUUUGUAGAGUUGUGAUUUUUAUUCAAAGCUGUCUUCAUAGAUCUCUCUUUAGUUUCACUUUCCAGAGUAUUAAAAACCCUUUAGCAUUUAGACUACUUGGUCAAACAUUAUACUUUUUCUUAUUCACAGACCACUCUGCAAAAUGGUUGAAGUUUAGAAGACCAUUCAGUAGCAAAAACCAUGCCAAAGUAAACCUCGCCGGUGUUUGUGCCGUGUGAAAAAAAGCACCCAGUAACUCUGCAAGGUGGUUGGUGUUAGGAAAGGCAUCCAGCUGUAAAAAACAUGCCAAAGCAGUUAGUCCUGGUGCAAUCUUCUCACUCUUCAGCUCUGGUCAAACCAUCCAACUUAUGCCAGAAUGGAAAAUGGACAUUAAAUAAUGAUUAUGUGAUUUAACCCUUUGAUGUUCAGAUUAUUCUGUCAAAUGUAAUGCUUAUUUAUACACAGACAUUAUUUACAUAUUUUUGCAUUAAUCAUGCAUUGGCUCUUGUAGCUUCAAGAUUUCAAUGAUGUGAUAGUUUAUUUUUAGAAUAACAUUGUUGAGUAGGUGUGAAAGGCUGGAUCUGACCAGACUGAAUGUAAAACAAGAAUAUUUAGGCAGUAUUUGGUUGGUUUAAAUGCUAGAGGGUUAAUCAUGCAUGAUCUCAUAGCUUUGAGAUUUUGAUGUGGUUGCUAGAAUGACAUUGUAAGGUGGUUGUAAUGAGCUGGAUAUGGCUAGUUUCAACUUAAAAGGUAUGUUUAUAUUUACAUAUAUUUAUAUACAUUCACCGCUCCCCCCACACAUAUGCACAUCAGCGACUGGGUAUCAAUUGAAUAUUUUUGUAAUGGAUUUUAUCUAUUGCACUUUAGUCUUUUUUUUUUUUAACCCAUUCUGUUUAGGGAGGCUGUUUUUAUAAAGUUUUCAGCAAAUCAAGUCUGGUUUGACUCCCUGUUGUAAUUGCAGUGUCCCUUUGACCCAAUAAUGCCCUUGUGCAGGAAUAGCCAGUUCCUACUCCCUAAAGUCAACAAGUGCCAAUUGCCCACAGAUCAGAAAAGGGGUUGCCCACUUCUAUAUUAUUACACCAGUCAUCAUCAGGAUAAAUAUAUACAGUUUUUAAUGCAAGUAAAAUAUUAUUUUUUCAUCAA